CGUUAUAAACACAUUUCACCAUGCUACAAUUCAACAUUUGAGCCAAAUAAUAAAUAUAAUACGGCUUAGUGGUUCAUCUGCUUUUUUUGUACAUAAUAUACAUUGAUUAAAAAUACUGAUCAAACACAAGGGAAUAUUUAAAUAAAACAGACAUGAAUAGCUUUCCUGUCAAUGGUAAUAAUAACAUCAAUAUUAAUCAUGGCUUAUUUCCUCCAACUCCAUGUACAGCUGCCUUUAAUUCAACAGGAUUCAAUUUUAAUAACACGCCGUAUUAUACUACAACAACACAGCCGCCACCACAAAUGAUGAUAUCACUUUCUAAUGAACAGAAACGUUCUGAAUUAUUCCAGAAUAAUAAUACUGAAUUCCCCAAUGGUGCAAUGGAAAAUGGAAUAUUGCAUUACACUUCGAAUGUGUGUAUUCUCAAUGGAAUUAAUAAUAAUAAUAAUAAUAAUAAUAAUAAUAGUGAUAUGCCAAAUGCAAGUGUCCAUGUGGAAAGUGAUAAUAAUGAUGAUAAUAAUAAUAGUAAUAAUGUGAAUUAUGUGAAUACUAACAAUGCAAAGAAUAAAACCAAAGGCUCCAGUAAAAAUAAUAUUAAACAGUCUGACACACGGAAUAAACUGAAAAAUCCAACAAAUAGAAAAACUUCAAAGAAUUCUAAAACCGAUGAAAAUAUUCAGUCAUCAAUAACUGAUAGUGAGUCAAAUCAAUACAAAACUUUGACUACUUCUGAGUCGAUAACGCCGACUAAUACCCCAGUGACACAACCUAAAAAACGUGGCCCAAAAAAGAAACCCCUUACAAAAGAACGUGAAGCUCGUUUGAAAAAUCGUCGCGUCCGUGCAAAUGCCCGUGAACGUAGUCGUAUGCAUGGACUGAAUCACGCCUUAGAACUAUUACGCCGUCAUGUACCAACAUUUUCAACAAGUCAACGUUUAAGCAAAAUUGAAACACUGCGUUUAGCUAAAAAUUACAUCCGAACAUUAUCACAGUUGCUCAUAGCUAAUCAGCCACCGACACCACUAGAAAUGGCACUGAAUUUAACUGAAGGUCUUUCACAGAAUACAUCAAAUCUGAUAGCAAAUACAUUACAAGUCAAUCCAAGAGUUUUAAUUCAAGUACAACGCGAGAAUUCUUAUCCUCAGAUGAACAGUGAAUCGAAUACACUGGAUAGUACAGAUUAUUCCCAUGAGAAUGCAAGAACACUGAAUACACCAGAUCAACCAAAUUGUGAAUCAAUUAAUUCGAACCAACAAAAUGAACUAUUGAAUACUGCUCAUUCUGAUUAUGAUAAUCAAUCGAUAAUGAAUAAUGAAAAGUAUUAUGACAAGCUGUCAACUUUUCCUUUCAUCAAUAAUCAAGCAGUUAGUCAUAAUUCAGCUGUCUCAAAUUCAUGGGAUCAUUUUACUCCAGGAGUAGUAAAUAGUGAUGAUUCAUCAAUAAAUAAUCCCAAUAUAUUCUUCCCUAGUCCCAUCACUGAUUGGAGUCAGUCUCAGUUAUUGAUUCCUUCCCCAGUAAUGCCACCAUAUUCUCCUAUGGAUACAAAUCAUAUCAACGGAAGCAGUCAAUCUAUAUAUAAUGCUGUUAACGAAAAUAUUAUCACUAAUAGUAAUAAUAGUCACGGAAAUCUAUUUUUACAAAUAAUGAAUAAUAAUUAACAAUUUUGAAAUCGAUACGUAUAUCCAAAUAAAAUUCCAGCACAAUUAUUUUCUUGACAUUUUUAACUACUAUUUAUGAAUUAAGUAGCUGACGCAAUUUAACAAAAGACAGAAGAUAUCAGAAUAGUUCAUCAAUCCUAUUUCUAUUUUUUUUUCACUCUGUUAUAUAUUUGAUAUUAUUUUCAAAGUUUAUUUUAAUAUGACACUCAAUUUCCAAGCAUACCGAAAGAAAAAAGACCUGGAAUUGCACUUUUUUUUUACUUAGAAAUAACUUUAUAAAAACUAUUUGAUUUUGUACACAUUUAUGUAUUAUGUUUGAACACAGAUAAGAUUUUCAUAUAUCAGAAAACAGAAAACAUAGAAACAGA